GGUUACAGUGUCGGGAGCGCGCAUCGGAGGCUUGCUGACGUCACUGAAGCGCCCUGGCUGUGCUCUUGUGAGGAAAAAAAAAAAAAAAAGAUGGCAAAAUCUUGUAUACAACUCUCGAGCUACUAACACCGAAAAUUAAGUCAUUUUGCCAUCGGGUGUCCAUUGUGUAAGUGUUCGGGAAGCCGUGCUGAUUUUGGAUGCUAACAGAGAGGAAAAAAAGCCAGUUUAUUGCAGAGGUUCUCACCACUGGCUAUUGUGCUGUUAGCAGCGAGGAGGAAAAAAGAAGAAGAAGAAGAAGAAGAGACCACGUCCAUGGAUCACAGCAGCCUCCAUAAUAUGUCACAGUGAACGUGCGUUGACAGAUCAGCGUCACGUUUAGCAACGGCGGAUGCAUCGGCUCCUGUUCGAAACGGGACGUCUGCUUAUGCCGCCUGUCAGUCAGAGUGGAGAGACUUAUUCAAUCAUGAACAUCGUGCCUUCUGCCUUCAGCUGAGCAACAACAACCCCAAGCACAAAUCUGCCCGAUUAUUAGCACACACAAGGAAACCCACUCAACUUUUGCUGCUAGCCUUGCGUCCUCGCUUCAGGAGAACAUGUACGGUAGCGCUCGCUCAGUUGGCCGAGGCGACGCCAAUCACAGCGGCGGCAGGGAUGCGGGCGGGGGUGGAAAUCAGGGAUCGGGUCGCUCCCCUCGCCUCCCUCGCUCCCCCCGGAUGGGGCACCGUCGCACCAACAGCACCGGAGGCAGCGGAGGAGGUCCCGGAGGAGCCGGGGGCAAGACGCUCUCCAUGGAGAACAUCCAGUCCCUCAACGCGGCGUACGCCACCUCGGGACCGAUGUAUCUGAGCGACAAUGAGGUGGCCGUGGGGGAGCACCUCCCCAAAAGCGGAGGCGUGGCCAUGACCACCAUGGGACGGCAGAGAGUGACCUACGGAUCGAGGAGCGGGGGUGGCGGCGUGGUUGCGGCGAGCACCCCCAACAUCUCCACCUCGGUGUCUUCGAGCGCAGUAAUUCCCGCGGGCUUGAUGGCGGGGGACGCGUUGGCUUUUGGAGACCACCACAUGGCUUCCACGGUCCCGCAUUCUUUAAGGCAGGCAAGGGACAAUACCAUACUUGACCUUCAGGCCCAACUCAAAGAGGUUCUGCGAGAAAAUGAGUUGCUGCGGCGGGAAGUGGAAGUCAAAGAGAGCAAGCUGAGCUCAUCCAUGAAUUCCAUCAAGACAUUUUGGAGCCCGGAGCUGAAAAAGGAAAGGGCACUCCGCAAAGACGAGGUUUCAAAGAUCUCCGUGUGGAAGGAACAAUACCGUGUGAUUCAAGAUGAAACUCAGCAUCUCCAGAUGACUGUGCAGGCGCUCCAGGAUGAGCUCAGGAUCCAGAGGGACCUGAACCAGCUGCUGCAGCAAGACCCCGCCGUCCAAGGCCGGGACCUGGCCCUGGCGUCGGAACCGACAGAGGAGAACUUCCGACGGCUCCAUUGCGAGCACGACCGGCAGGCCAAGGAGCUCUUCCUCCUCAGGAAAACCUUGGAGGAGAUGGAGCUGAGGAUUGACACGCAGAAGCAAACCCUGGGGGCCCGUGACGAAUCCAUCAAGAAACUCCUAGAAAUGUUGCAGAGUAAAGGUCCAUCUGCGAAGUUGUCGGAGGAGGACCAGGAGCGCACCAGGAGGCUGGCGGACGCAGAGAUGCACCGGCACCACCUUGAAAGCUUAUUGGAUCAGCGAGAUAGAGAGAUAACUGCGUUGAGAGAAGAGUUGCAUCGCAGAUAUGAGGGAACACCAGAGUCCACCAAAACUAAGGCUUUGCAGACAGUCAUUGACAUGAAGGAUGCAAAGAUCAACUCGAUGGAACGCAGCCUGAGGGACAUGGAGGAGGAGCUGCUCAUGAUGAAGUCCAACGGGCUUCUGAGCUGUGAAGAGCGUCAGGAGGAGAUGAAGCAGAUGGAGGUCUACCGCAGCCACACCAAGUUCAUGAAGAGCAAGAUGGAGCAGGUGAAGCAGGACCUCUGCAGGAAGGACACCGAGCUGCUGGGCCUGCAGACCAAGCUGGAGACGCUCACCAACCAGUUUUCAGACAGCAAACAGCACAUCGAAGUCCUCAAGGAGUCGCUUACUGCCAAGGAGCAGAGAGCUGCCAUUUUGCAGACAGAGGUGGAUGCCUUGCGUCUUCGCUUGGAAGAGAAAGAGGCCACUCUGAAUAAGAAGAGCAAGCAGAUCCAGGAAGUGUCCGAAGAGAAGGGCACGCUCAGCGGAGAGAUCCACGACCUCAAGGACAUGCUUGAAGUGAAGGAGCGCAAAGUCAACGUACUGCAGAAGAAGAUUGAGAACCUGCAGGAGCAGCUUCGGGACAAGGAGAAGCAGAUGAGCAGCCUGAAGGAGAGAGUCAAGUCUUUGCAGGCCGACACUUCCAACACGGACACUGCCCUCACUACGCUGGAGGAGUCUCUUGCUGAAAAGGAGCGCAUCAUCGAACGACUGAAGGAGCAGCGAGACCGAGACGACCGAGAGAAGACGGAGGAGCUGGAGUGCACCAAGAAGGAGCUGAAAGAGCUGAAGGAGAGGUUGAGUUUACUGCAGGGAGACCUGUCAGACAGAGAGACGUCUCUGCUGGACCUGAAGGAGCACGCGUCAUCGCUGGCCUCCUCGGGCCUGAAGAAGGACUCCAAACUCAAGAGUCUGGAGAUUGCCCUGGAGCAGAAGAGGGAGGAGUGUCUCAAACUGGAUAACCACCUCAAGAGAGCUCAGAAUGCAGCUCUGGAGGCUCAGGCCAAUACCGAGCUGGCGGAGCGCAUUAAGAGCCUGGAACAGGAAGUGGUCCGCCACAAAGAGGAUUCUGGGAAGGCGCAAGCUGAGGUUGACCGUCUUCUGGAGAUCCUCCGGGAAAUGGAAAAUGAGAAAAAUGACAAAGACAAGAAGAUCAAUGAGCUGGAGGGGCAAAUGAAAGACCAGACAAAGAAGGUGGCGUCGCUCAAGCACAAGGAGCAGGUGGAGAAAAGUAAGAAUGCUCGGCUGAUGGAAGAGGCCAAGAAGCGUGAGGACAACAUGUCUGAGAGCUCCUUGCAGGUGAAGGACUCUCUGCGUCAGAAGUCGGAGCGCAUCGAGGAGCUGGAGGAGGCCCUGAGAGAGAGCGUGCAGAUCACCGCCGAGCGAGAGAUGGUGCUCGCCCAAGAAGAGGCUGCCAGGUCCCUGCAGGAGAAACAGAUGGAGGAGCUACUCGGGGCCAUGGAGAAGGUGAAGCAGGAGCUGGAGUCCAUGCGGGCCAAGCUGUCCUCCACCCAGCAGUCCCUGUGCGAGAAGGAGGCCCACCUCACCACGCUGCGAGCCGAGCGCAGGAAGCACCUGGAGGAGGUGCUGGAGAUGAAGCAGGAGGCGCUGCUGGCGGCCAUCAGCGAGAAGGACGCAAACAUUGCCCUGCUGGAGUUGUCGUCGUCCAAGAAGAAGAAGACCCAGGACGAAGUGUCGUUGCUGAAGCGGGAGAAAGAUCGACUGGUGCAGCAGCUCAAGCAGCAGACUCAGAACCGCAUGAAGCUGAUGGCGGACAACUACGAGGACGAGCACCUGAAAACGGGCCCCGAGCAGACGAACCACAAGCCCUCCCCGGACCAGAUGAUAACCCCUGUUGUAGCCCUGUGCCAGAACCGCAGCAAGCUCAAGCUCUACAUCGCCCACCUGACCGACCUCUGCCACGACCGCGACCCGAACAUCCUGGGCCGGCUCACGCCGCCCGCCCACUACCACCGCAGCGACCCGGACGACUGGGAGGAGGCGCUCCUGAAGAUGACGGCCGAACAGUUGGAGGAGGAGCUUGAGCUGUGCGAGAAGGAAAGCGGCGACCUGCAGGAGUACGCCAACUGCGUCCUGCAGCAGAUCGCCGACUGCUGCCCUGACAUCUUGGAGCAGGUCGUCAACGCGCUGGAGGAAUCGUGCUGACCCAGGUUUGGCGCUUCUGCCCGAACCCCCCCCCCCCCCCCCCGACUCCAGCGGCGGUCCACACCAUUUCACCUCUGACCUUUACAACGGGGUUACAACACCGGAGGUCUCCUCCCAAAACUCACCUGAGACUGCUUUCCCGUCCCAUAUUUGAUACGCUCGUUGUUAAGAACCCAAGUGGGACAAAAAUAGCACAAUCUUGAACACGCCACGACAUCGUUGCACAAUUUGAGAACACGCAGGAACUCCCGAGUGUCAAACAUUCGUCGUCCGCGGCGCUUGACUUCGUGCCGGGUGAUUUUUGGAGCGCGCCCCGGGAUUGGUCGACAGACAAACACUCGCGUUCACACCUACGGACAAUUUAGUUUAGAAUAGCAGGAUGAAAUGACCAUAGGGAAUAUUAACUCCGAUACUACCAAAAAAAAAAAAAAAAAAAAAAAAAAUACUUAGCUCUCCGUGUACCACUUUAUCGGAUAAGUCAUUUAAAACUGAUCAAAUCAAUUCAAAAAUAAUACUUCCUCCCUCAAAACAUUCAAAUAUGAACUAUGUGUAUGCUAAUGAAAUGAAAUAAUGUCGUAGGUCACCUGUCCACCAAAAAACAGGUUGGAUUCCUAAAAUGUUUUCUUAAUAUUUUUGUAUUAUUUUAUUGAUCCCGGUCAUGUGCAGAAUUGGAACGUUCACACUUGCACUUAAAUAUUGCAAAAUACAAAAGUGCACAAAGACAAAAUGUUUGAAAGCAAAUAUUUGGACUUAAAAGUUAACAGCACUAAAAAUGAAACAGAAACAAAGGUUCUGUUACAUUCUGCGUAAUUUGAACAUUUCUUUCAGCAAUUCUAUUUUGCGCCACCAGAGGUCGCACACGCAUCAGACUUGAAGAGUCGAACAAAAAUCAUCACCAACCAAGAAGUGACCAGAAAGCGCCGCUGAGUUGUCAGUCACAAGUGCGAGUCACAAUUCAAUUUUCACGGCGCAUUUUCCCCAAAUUUGUGGUCCAAUUCCGAAUGUCGACUGAGAUCUUUUCGAGGCUCCGCCGUACUGCGAUAACAUACUUGAGCACAAAGUCUGAACGUUGACUCCAGGCGCUCCUCUUGGUGAGUGGACGCGAGCACAUUUCACGUAGUUUUAUUUUAUUUUUUUUUCUUUUAUAAAUGGGAAGGGCUUCACGGGGUGUUCACGGGAGAAGCGUGCGAGUCAGAAUUCCGUCCUAACGGUUCCAUCCCUGAGCGGAGGCUCCUUUGCGUGCCAUCGACAGGGACUCGUCCGCCUGCGGGGCAUCGAGCGGGGUCUUGGUCUGCGGUACCUGAAGUAACCCUGCCUGUUUUUACACAGAAUUUGGACGUUGAAUUUUAGACUGAAUUUUAGCCAGGUGAAUCUCAGGAGACUGAAAAUAUUGCGUUUGAAUUUUGAAAGGUUGAUUUCUCUCUCUCUCUCUCUCUCUCUCUCUCUCUCUCUCUCUCUCUCUAUCUACAUGCUGAAUUUGUUAACAUUAAAAAAAGUCAAACUGAAAUACAGCUAUUGAAAAUGUGAAUUUUAAAAUGUAGUCAAAAUACAAAUUUUCAGUGCCGUUUUUAAUCCAAAUCCAAGUGUAUGGAAGUAAAUUAGUGCCACCAGGAUUUGAAUUUGAAAUAUAAAUUUGUAAAGUGAUGACAUUUUCAAUAGUUGCUACAAUUCGCUGUCUGAAAUUCACCGUCUGUGCCACCAGGCAGGGUUACUUCAGGUCACAGCCGAACAGCCAGCCAAUCGCAGUUACGG